AUGGCUACCGUAGAAGGCUUGGAUCGUCAACAGAGCGCCUUCGACUAUGUCAUUGUCGGAGGCGGCACGGCGGGCUGCGUUGUCGCCAGCCGUCUGGCUUCAGAUCUCCCAGCGGCUAGGAUCCUCCUCAUCGAAGGGGGAGACAGCGACCUCGGCAAGGACAACCUCCACGACCUCAAGCUCCAGGUGGACGCAUGGGGGACCGAGCACGACUACGUCUACAGCUCAGUGCCCCAACUCAAAGGCAAUAGCUUCAUCCAGCACUCGCGUGGGAAAGUCCUCGGUGGCUGCUCCAACAUCAACGGCUGCAUCUCGUUUCGACCCUUCGAGUACGACCUUCGCAAGUGGCAAGAGGCCGGCGCCAAGGGGUGGACUUUUGAGGAACUGGUGAGGCUGGUCGACAAGCUGCGCGUCACAGUCAACACCAUCCUCCCGUCGUACCACAACACGGUCGACUUGGCCCUGGUUGACGCCGCACACAAGGCUUUCCACAUACCAAAGACGGAGUCAUUCAACAGGGACGUUGUCCGUAGCGGCAAGAUUGUGCCAUCUACAGGACACCUCGCCGUGGCUUACAACCCGGAAAACGGCCACCGCAGCAGUGCCAGCAUCGCUUACAUCCACCCCAUACUCCGAGGCGAGGAAAAAAGGCCCAACCUGACCAUUCUCACCAGUGCAUGGGUUGACCGCGUCAACUUUGUCAACAAUGUUGCCGCCGGGGUCAAUGUGACGCUUAAGUCGGGUCGUAAGGUCACGGUGACCUCGGCCAUAGAGACGAUACUAUGCGCUGGAGCAUUCGACUCCCCCCGACUGCUGCUCCUCUCUGGAGUCGGGCCGCGAGGUGACCUGCAAGACUUGGGCAUACCCGUGGUUGCAGACGUCCCAGGUGUUGGCGAGAAUCUAAUGGACCACCCAGAGACCCUCAUGAUGUGGGAGAUGAAGGACAAGGUGCCCCCGGAGUCACUCCUCUAUUCGGACGUGUGCUUCUUCUUGCGUCGGGAGCCGGUGAAUUCGCAGGGAGACGAUGGUGACAUCAUGGACUCCAUGUUCCACGUCUUCGGAAUUGGCUUCGAUGACAACUCUGCACGUUGGGGAUACCACGCGCCGAAAAACGCCUACUGUCUGAUUCCCAACAUUCCACGGCCUCGUUCUCGUGGCCGCGUGUCCCUACUAUCCUCGGACCCCAAGGUCCGCCCGGCCAUUGAUUUCCGCUAUCUGACCGAUGCCGAGGAUUAUGACCUCAAAACGAUACUAUUCGAGCUGCGAGCUGGCCGCAAGCUUGCCGCUACUGCCCCGUUCAAAGAUCUUAUUGAGAGGGAGGUUGCGCCGGGUCCAGACGUCCAGACCGACGAGCAGCUCAUCGACUAUGCGCGCAAGACGCACGGCACCGUCUUCCACCCUUGCGGGACUGCAAAGAUGGGAGACACCUCGAGGGACAGUCUGGCCGUCGUCGAUCCUCAACUUCGUGUCCGCGGAGUCAAGAAGCUCCGCGUCGUAGAUGCCAGCGUCUUUCCAGUCAUCACGUCAAUCAACCCCAUGCUGACCGUUUAUGCCGUUGCCGAGAAGGGUGCCGAGAUGAUAAUCAAGGACUACGCUUCGGUCCAUCUCAGGCCUAGGAUCUAA